ACUUAUAUCAGUGGCACAUAGGAACUGGUAGCAUUAAGUUCCAAACUAUGGCAGUGUUAACUUCCUUUCUUUUGAACUUUGGCUUUACAGUGGUCGCUCUUUUAGCGAUUCUCGUUCUUUAUGUGAAAUAUAAACGAAGUUAUUGGAAAAGCCGAGGGGUGACUUCUGUACCGGGUCACUGGUUGUUCGGCAAUGUAAAAGAGGCUGCAUUACAGAAGAAAAGUUUUGCAAAUGUGUUCGGUGAAUUGUAUCAGCAAGCCUCAGAGAAGGACGUCGUUCUAGGAUUUUAUAUUUUUCAUAAACCCUUUCUGUUAGUGAAAAGUCCGGAACUGAUUAAACAGAUUCUAAUCAAGGACUUUAAUAUUUUCCCAAAUCGUCAUUUCUCUGCCGGCUCGUUCCACGAUGAAAUCGGUAACACAAAUCUCUUUACCAUUCAGAACCCUCCAUGGAAACAUCUCAGGACCAAACUUUCACCUAUAUUCACCAGUUUAAAACUAAAGAAACUUUUCCAUUUGAUAGUGGAAAAUUCUGAAUCAAUGAACAAAUAUUUAGAGGAUCAAUUUUCAAAUGGUACAAAAACAAAAAGUAUCCUUUUAAGAGAUGUUACCUUAAGAUAUACGACUGAUAUCAUAUCCAAUAUUGCUUUUGGAGUUCAAGUGAAUUCUUUUAAUCCUGAUAAUACAGAAUUGUUUGAAAAAGUUCAAGAGGGACUAAAUUUUUCCAUCAAGCGGGGCAUACAAUUUGCCACAAUGUUCUUCUUCCCAUCCGUUGCACCAUUUGUGGGUGCUCAAAUGUUAGGCUCAUCUACUGAUUACUUCCGUAAAGUAUUUUGGGAUUCCAUGGAUGCUAGAGAGUUGAACAAAGUUAAACGAGGAGACUUGAUUGAUUUGUUAGUAGAACUAAAGAAUGAGAAACAAGACAACGAAGACUUCAAAUUUACGGGUGAUGCACUGGUGAGCCAGGCGGCUAUUUUUUUCAUUGCUGCUCGUGAAGCUAGUGUAACAACCAUGUGCUUCACCCUUGCUGAACUUGCAAAGCAUCCAGAGAUUCAGAAACGAACGAGAGCAGAAAUUUUAGAGAAGUUAGCAGAACAUGGAAUGACGUACGAGGGUGUUCGGAGCAUGAAAUAUCUUUAUCAAGUAAUUUCAGAAACUCUGAGGCUAUAUCCACCAGCUCCGAUCCUUGACCGAGUUCCAAUUCAAAAUUACAAGAUACCAGGAAGUAAUAUAGUUAUAGAAAAAGGAACGCCUGUUUACAUAACUCUGACCGGUCUCCAACGUGAUCCAAAAUACUAUCGCGAUCCUCUGACUUACAAUCCUGAUAGAUACAACGAGGAGAAUAAAGAUGAAAUUUCACAGUGCACGUAUAUACCCUUUGGCGAUGGUCCACGAGCUUGCGUUGGUACACGGCUCGGCCAGUUACAGAGUGCGAUAGGUAUACUGACGAUAAUUAAAGAUUAUGAAGUUUCAUUUGACUCCACUUGUAAUUGUGAGAUCGAUAACCGUAACGUAUUCUUGUCACCCGUGGACAAAUUCAACUUAAAAUUGACAAAACUUUAACAGGUGUUCAAUCGUAAAUGAUUAAAAAAAAAUAAUUAAUUUGUUCGUGAUAAUAUAUAAGACGUUAUAAAUACAA